UUCAAACCUGGACUAAGCCACAGAAACAGCAGGAAAUGGAGCUGGGGAGACAAAAUCCUGCAUAACAACAAAGAAUAUCAAUAGUUAAAGAAAUGAGUCAAACGUCUCUGAAACAAAAAAAGAAGAAUGAUACUGGAUCGAGAUACUCAAAAGACAGCAUAGACGCAGAAAAAAGAAGGGAUUCUGAGAAAUCAGGAGUACGUCUGAGCACUCAGAUGAGUCGUGCAGGCAGCCCGAAACACUUGCUGAGAUGUUGCCUCAUGAGCGGUCACACGCCGUGUAGACGCUGCCUUUGUGCAGCUGAGGGAACAGUGCCUCUUGGUCCCUGCCGCACAUUACGUAUUUAUAUUCACAUGUGCCUGUUGUGGGAGCAGGGCCUGCACUUCUCCAUGAUCAGGGGAUCUCAAGAAUUAGUGCCAAAGACAGACUCUCGAGGGCACCUUUCACGAAAUCAGUGGUCUCGAACUUCUCGGAGCCCAUCCCUGAGAGCUCCAUCGAUAGACGAAGGCAGAGGCAAGACUACCAGUAACAAGCUCCCCAGUAGCUCCGCAACCUCCAGGACUUCAUCUGCCUCCCCAAGCCAGCACGAGUCUCAAAAGUUUGAUCAGCCUUCUCCGCGUACUCCACCCUCGCAGCACACACCACCUGUUCCUGUGGACUCCAGCCCUCCCACACCCCCAGAGCCCCAGUACCAGCCGACAGCUCGACACACCACCAAGAUGAAUGAGAACGCUGACACCUGGACGCAUGGCAUCAUGCGGGACAAGAGGGACUAUCCCCGCACGCCCCCCAGUGAGUGGAAGUCCUACCCCGCUCACAGGUCGCUCUACCCCUCCUCCCAGUUGGACAGCGACUGUAUGUCAUCAGACCCGCCCCCCAGGAAGAAGCAACAGGAUAUAGAGGAAGAUGAGGAUGAGGCCUACUGGGCAUCAAUGAGGACACUGUAUGAGAAGACCCCCAGCUGCUCGCGCCCCCCACCGCCCAAACCCAGGCAUGCCCUCACCAUCGCUGUGUCAUCCCGGGCGCUCUUCAACAUGAUGGAUGGCGCGAAAAUCUUCGAGGAAGAGGGUCUGGAAAAGUACAUGGAGUAUCAGCUCAGCAAUGAGAAUGUCAUCCUGACUCCAGGGCCUGCAUUCCGCUUUGUCAAGGCACUGCAACAUGUCAAUGCUAGACUCCGUGAGCUGUACCCCAAUGACCAGGACUUAUUUGAUAUUGUUCUGAUGACUAAUAACCAUGCCCAAGUGGGAGUGCGGCUUAUAAACAGCGUCAAUCACUAUGGCCUACUCAUUGACCGCUUCUGUCUAACUGGUGGAAAGAGCCCAAUUGGCUAUUUGAAGACCUAUCUUACCAACUUGUAUCUCUCUUCAGAUUGUGAAAAAAUACAAGAAGCAAUUCACGAAGGGAUCGCUGCUGCAACGAUGUUUGAAGGAUCCAAAGACGUUGCUUACUGUGACUCGCAACUCCGUGUGGCUUUUGAUGGAGACGCUAUCCUUUUCGCUGAGGAAACUGAUCAUAAUCCCAAGGACCAUGGGGUGGACAAAUUCUUUCAACAUGAAAAUGCAUGUGAGACUAAAAAUCUUGCUCAGGUUCCCUUAAAAGCCUUUCUGGAAGAACUAGGCAGACUGCAAAAGAAGUUUUAUGCCAAAGAUGAACGGUUACUUUGCCCUAUUAGAACCUACUUGGUGACAGCCAGGAGCGUAGCUAGUUCAGGUGCCCGUGUGCUGAAAACCCUUCGCCGCUGGGGUCUAGAGAUAGAUGAAGCUCUUUUCCUCGCUGGAGCUCCCAAAGGUCCCAUCUUGAUGAAGAUAAGGCCGCACAUCUUCUUCGAUGACCACAUGUUCCGCAUUGAAGCACAAAAAAUGAGCACCAACACAGCUCAUGUACCUUAUGACAUUAAUCAAAAAAUUAAUUAGGGAUGCGAGGAAAAAUAAAGCAGUGAGUCGGGUAUUAUAGAAACUACUUCUUUUGGAUCUCUAGGGUAAUUAGGUAGUUCUUCAGAAGCUAGGACCUCAGAAGUUAGCUCAUUUGGAAAAGUUUUCUCUUGAUUUUUUUUUAAAUAAUUUGAAACUUCAAGCUACAUUUGUUUGAACUGUCAAUGCUAUUGAAUACCAUCGCACUUAGCUUUUUGUGUGCGAGUCAUAAUGAUGACUCUUUAGGAUAAGUUUAGAACAUGAAAGCUUAAAUGGGCAUUUUUACAAGGCUAGUUUUCCAAAAUAUUGUUCACUUUUGAUUGCCAGUAGAUGGAAGAAAUUGUUACCUAUUGUAUUACAGAAUAGUGAUCUUCAAGGAGGAAAGAGCAUGGUUAAAUACACUCUUGAAAAUUAGAACUUUUUAGUCUACUGACUCUAUGAUCAUCCUCUUAUUCAAUGCAAAUUGAGACUGCCGCUCCACCUGCAGUAGUGGACCGGUUUUGAUACUGCUCAUUUAGAAAUAAAUCAGCUGGUUAUUCAUACGGGUACUUUCCAUCUAAGAUGAGCUCCAGACAGAAUCUCUUUUGAGCUUUUGCAGUUAACUAGGUAAGUUCAUUGCCUCUGAAUCACAGAACUUCAUAUUUGAAGUCUCUGUCUUAGGAGGCAAAAUGUUUGUAUAGGGGGAAAAAAGCCAUGGCCACCACUUCAAAAUGUGACAUGAAGUGCAGAGUCCUGGUCCUUCAUUGCUACCAUUCUGCUGUGAUUAUUGUGUGUGUGUUUUUUUUUUUUUUUUCAAAAACCAUUGAUUGCUUAUUAACCACCAUCUGUCACAAGUUAGUCUCAAGGAGCUGCUUACUUUCAGUCCCUGAUUUUCUCAUCAAACCAAACAUUUGUGACAUAUUAUUACUCUCCUUUAUCAAUGAAGAACUUAUGGUUCAAAAUGAUUAAGUAGCUUGUCCAAGGAUGUGCAGCUAAUAAAUGGUAAGACUAAGAUUAAAAUUCAGGUUUUACUUCAAAAGUUAUAUGUUGUCUAUUUCCUGUGUUAUAGAGCCUUCCACAUCGACUUGUUCUCAUUAAUUCUACAGCUGUGGGACCCAUCCUGAGUAAAUCAGUGAUUCCAUUAUGUUCUAUGCUAUAUCCACACUGCAGUUACACUAGGUCUUGGGGAUGCCGCUUCUCUCCACAUCCUCUCCUGCUCCUUCUGCCCCUACCUCCAUCUCUACCCCACCCAGCCACACAUAUUCCACCCCUGGCUUGAGUUUAAGACCACUGCUGACAUACUUUUUUGAUCUGGUUCCUAACAAUGUAUGCUAGUCCAAAAUAUAUCAUCCAUGAUGCUUAAUGAGUACCUACUGCUGUGUAAGCAUUCCCCAGUGUAAGGACAAUAGAGAUUCAGGUAUAAUCCUAUUCUUUAAGAAAUUUAAAACCUAAAUCUCCAGGAGAAAGUCAAAUGUGUAAACUCAAAGAGCCAACACUAGAGGGCUGUUUGUCCACAGUGCCAAGUGAGGGUCACACUUGAGGUUGAAGCAGAGAUCUGUACAGGCUGGAAAUGGAGAAAUGGAGAGAAAUGAGGCUUUCAAGGACAGGAAGGCAUGGAUAGAAAGGAGAAGAAGAAACUUAUGUGCUCCAGGUUUAGUGAGCUUGAGAGGCUGAUUUAAAUUAAGAGAGAAGGUGGAAUAAAGAGCUGCCCAUGAUGUCUGUUCCUACUGCCCUAAUCCCCAGUGAUAAUGUGCUAUCCGCCUCUGAGCUCCAUGUUCAGUACACGUUAUAAAAACUUGCAGCUUUCUACCCCCUUUUUUCUUUGUAUUGCGACUACUCUGUAUC